AUGCAGAGCCAGCCGCACAGGCAUGGAUGGGUGACUAUCAGUUACAGUCUGGCUUACACUGAUCACUUACUUUUUUCAGGUUUGAAUCACAACAACUCAUUCGAUGCAUUACACUCAAAUCUAAGCGAUUUCUUCACUGAGAAUGACACCUCAACUGGGCUUUUGACAAGCAAAUAUUCCGCUGCUAAACGACUGCCAACGUCAUCUUCAGAGGAAAUUGACAAAUUUCGAGUUACUUCCGGAACUCGCCGUUUGAGCACCUCGCAUGAGGCGGAUUUGAAUCGAUCGUCUACGUUUUUAGCUAAUUAUGAGAAGCGUAAUCUGACAGGUUCAGAUAUAGGAUUGAAAGUUACGCUUGUUACCUCUCAGCCACAAUCAGCUAACGUCACAGGUAACGCCUCAGUGAAUACGGCACUCCCAGUUGAAGCCAACGCAGUGAGCAGUAAAAAACCUCGAAUUGAAUCCUCAUCAGAUGGCACAAAAGAAAUACGAACAACUGCAACCAACACAAAUACG